AUGUCCACCACCACUACUUCAGCCGAAAUCCUCGAACAGACCACAGCCUUCAUCUCCGAAACACUGUCACAGUCCGACCUCCGCCACCGCCUUUUCUCCACCUUCCGUCACAAAACAACCCUUUCUUCCGACCAAAUCAACUUGAAACCACUAAACCUCGCCGCUGAAACUCUAGAAAAUUCUCUCAUCACAACCAACCCCUCCGUUCGAUCUUCCUCUCUCCGCCUCGCCGAAAAGCUUCUCCUCUCUUACCCUGAAAACCCAUUUUCUUCCUUUCUUCUAUCACUCAUUUACUCUCUCUGCCACCGCCCCAGUGAUGCCGCUCUUAGUCUGCUUGAUGUGUUUUACAUAGACCCUUCUUUAGCAAGACUCGAAAUUGCACCUGUUGUGUUCGAAGAAUUGUUUCUGAUUCAUUUUCUACCUGUUCUUGAAUGGUUCAAUGAACAGAGAUCCAAAAUUUUGUCAUCGAUGUCGCAGAUAUCACAGAAGUCUGGUUAUGAGAGUGAAGACCAGUCGGUGGAUGUUUUGUGCACAAGGAGGUUGUCACAUAUGAGUGGUGAUCAAACUUCUGAAUUGAAGCAGCUGGAAAGAAAAUAUGAAGAGGUUCUUGAUGAGAAUUGCAGGGCUUUUGCUGGAUAUUUCAAAGAGGUUUUGGGGAGUAAAGAUGAGAAUCGAUUGAUUGAUCCGCCAUCAGUGGUAUUGAAAAGUGUCAAAGAAGGUGACAUGUUUGAUCAUGAUGAAGAUCAGAUGAUCACAGAGGAAGAAUCUGAAUUGAGAAAUGGACGCCAAUAUGGGUUGAUGGAGAAAAAUCAGUUCAAUUCAACAGCAACGGGGGCAAAAGCCUAUUCAAGUUUCCAUCUUUUUUUCCUGAAAGGGUCUCCCUGA